CCUUUCCUCCGCUUAGCUCAGCUUAGCUUCGCCACCAUCUCCUGCCGACGUACAACGGUCCUUUCCACAGCGUCUUACUGACCGACUGACUGACUUACUUUCGGGCUUCCAUCCAGUCCUCGACGUCUGACUCCCUGACUCUCUCUCUUUCUCUUUCUCUCGCUCGCUAGCGGAGCGAUCUACCACGUCCAACAACUCUCCGCCAAUCCACCACGGAGCUACCACGGAGACACGACCGCGGCGUGGUUGAGUCGGCCCCGAGGCGGAGUCCAAGGCUAUGGCCUUACGCCAGCGGAUUUGAUGCGAAAGAGGGCCAAAUGGCUUUGGAUGAAGUGCAGCCCGCAGGAGAAUCUCAGUACCGGAGCUCGUCCAUGGAAUGAAUUAUAGUUUAUGGGGAUAGAACAAAGGGCUUUUCCCCGUACCCCGUCGGGAUCCAGGCCUGCAGCAAUCAACGCCACAAUCGCAGCGAGGCGAACGACGCCCAUCAUUGGAUUCCCGACGGACUCCGUUUAGGUGAUGAACUGGAGAGAGAUGGAUGGACCACUUCUGCGAGAAAACCCCUCGUACGUCACGGGACCGUGGCAUUCGCCACGCAGCAGCAGCAGCAGCUCGUAGGAAUCCAAAGAUUAGCGCGAAUUAAUGCUCUCGCCUCUCCCGCACCCCGGGACACCUUUUCAUCCUGCCACCGAUCACUGUCACAAGGAACGGCCUCGCGGCCGCAUCUUUCGUCUUUCUUUCGGCCUCCUCCGCAGCGAGGGCGACCUUUGCUCUCAAUCAGUCUCGUCGAACAGCUUCCAGAUCGGCGAGGCCGUUAGUAUGCGCAACUUGGUACGCCGCUGUACGAAAUGCAGUCCCGCCGCACCAAGAAGAAGCCGAGAGCACGUAUUUCGCAAUCUUGUGCAUUUCGCUCUCACGCCCCAGAGGAGAGGACCCUCAAUUUGCGGUGGGGACUUCUUCCUGCGCAGGACAAGCUCCCUCGCGAACUGUGGUGAAAUGACUUUCUUCUCUGGCUGCUCUCUGUCCUUCGAGAUGCAUCGAUCCAUUUGGGCGGAAUGUUGCACCCGGGAAUGUACAGUGGUAGAAGCGGGAGUCGUUGGGGGGCACUUGGCUGCAAGGUCUCGGUCGACGGCAGAAUCGAGGCUCGAGAGGGCACUCGCACAGCCAGAGAGAACCGUUGGCUUAAUACGAGCACAUGCAGGCCUUAUGUGCCGAAAAAAAUAAUAAACGGUCAAAAGGGUUAGUUGGCACUGGAGAGGAUGGAUACGGUCAAGCGAAAAAGAGAUGGCCUCGCAGUGGCGGACACACACAUAUUUUGUUGCGUUGUAGAUGCCAGUCGAUGCGAGCAAGUGGAAGGUUUUAUGCCCAACGGUAUGUUGAUGAAAAGGAGUUGGCGAGGUAUGUCUCACAAAGUGUACCCAAACCAACUUCGUGAAUCAAUCUCUCUCUCUCUCUCUCUCUCUCUCUCUCUCUCUCUCUCUCUCAUGCUCAUGUGUUCGGGCUGGCGGUUUGUUUGAGUUGGCUGGCGAAAGGAUGUAGUCUGGGUUUUAUGCAACCAGAAGAUCAUGGGAUACCAUCAACAUAUUCCUCUCUUCGCAUGUGAUGUCCUCUCCUAUCCUCAAGUGAUGGAUUGACGAUGUUAUGCUGGUGCUGUGUUACAUCAUCCCCCAUCACCGCGACAUGGAUAUCCUCUAACACUUGUUCCUCUCCUCCGAUUGCUCGACAUCCCAAUUAUUUAUAAAAAAACGCGACAUUGUUGACAGAAAUCCGGAUCGAAAAAUAACAUAUUGGACGGA